CAAAAUAAUUUUACAUAUAUAUUGUAUGACUUAUCAUAUAGCAUAAGUUAUUUUCUUGAGGGGAAGUAUAUAAAUAUAUAUAAGUUAGAAGAGAUUUCUUCAUCCUUGCAGUUUUUAUAUUAUCAUAUAUAAAAGCAUAUUAUAUAUAUAGCUAUUCCUUAAUUGUAUAGCUUGGGAAUAAUAUCUAUCAUCAUGAAUAUGGUGCGUCCCUUGGUCUUGGUGGCUUGGGCUUUGGUGCUACUGGAAUCAUCGCUGGCUUCAGCAAGUGUCGUCGAACACUCAUUUUAUGUGAAAGACACAACAGUUGAGAUAUUGUGUGAGAAACGAGUGAUUACAACGGUGAAUGGAAGUUUACCAGGGCCCUUGCUUCAUGUUAGAGAAGGCGAUACUGUCAUUAUUCACGUUUUCAAUGAAUCUCCGUACAAUAUUUCAAUGCACUGGCAUGGGUUGUUUCAAAGGUUAAGUGCGUGGGCUGAUGGACCAUCAUAUGUAACUCAAUGUCCAAUUCAACCAGGACAUAAAUACACUUACAAGUUCAAUGCAACAGAACAAGAGGGAACACUUUGGUGGCAUGCACAUAGUAGAUGGCUUCGGGCUACUGUUUAUGGAGGUUUCAUUAUACACCCAAGAAAGGGUCGAUCAUAUCCCUUUCCUAAACCUCACAAAGAAUUUCCUAUCAUUAUAGGAGAGUGGUGGAAUGCUAAUGUUGUCGAAGUUGAAAGGGAAGGCACGGCAACAGGAGGAGCACCUAAUAUAUCCGAUGCCUACACAAUUAACGGUCAACCUGGUGAUCUUUACGCAUGCUCUAGUGACAAAACCACCAAGUUUGAGAUCUCUCAAGGACAAACAUAUCUACUCCGCAUCAUCAACGCUGCACUCAAUAACGAACAUUUCUUCAAGAUAGCAAAUCACAACAUGACAGUGGUGGCUAUUGAUGCAACAUACACAGUCCCAUAUGAAACAGACGUGGUGGUAACAGGACCAGGCCAAACAGUCGAUGUACUCUUAACAGCUAAUCAGCCUGUUGGCUCAUAUUAUGCUGCUGCACAACCGUAUGCUAAUGCACCCGGUGUGCCAUUCGAUAACACGACUACCACGGCCAUCUUCACGUACGUAAAUAGCACAAAUUUAACUCCACUCAUGCCAGAAUUACCAGCAUUCAAUGACACCCCUACCGCUCAUAGAUUCUUUAGCAAUCUAACUGCGCAACCAUCUGCGCGAUUCUGGGAGCCUCCCAUCCUAGAGGUGGAUGAGCAUAUGUUUAUGGCUAUUGGUUUAGGCCUUGUUUCGUGUGGGAGAAAUGAAAGUUGUUUAGGUGUAUUUAAUCAAAGUAUGGCUGCUAGUAUAAGCAACUUUUCGUUCCAACUACCAACACAAAUGUCUCUGUUAGAGGCACAUUACUCUAAUGUACAAGGUGUAUAUAAUGCCACUUUCCCAGACACACCUCUUAUGCCAUUUGAUUACACGAAUCCGAAUAACAGCUUCAAUCAGACCUUGUUGAUGACUACAAAAUCAACGACAGUGAAACGGGUUAAGUACAACACAACAAUUGAGAUUGUGUUUCAGGACACUGGGUUAUUGGCAAUAGAGAAUCAUCCUAUGCAUAUUCAUUGUUUUAAUUUCCAUGUACUUGCUCAAGGAUUUGGGGAAUAUGAUCCGAAUGUAGAUCGUCAAAAGUUCAAUCUUGUUAAUCCACAAAUCAGAAACACCAUUGCUGUGCCUACUGGUGGAUGGGCUGUUGUCAGAUUCCGAGCAAAUAAUCCAGGUGUAUGGAUAUUGCAUUGCCAUCUAGAUGUUCAUUUCACAUGGGGUCUAGCCAUGGCUUUUAUUGUUGAAGACGGUGGUACUCCGGAAUCAACCCUACCACCACCGCCGAAGGACUUCCCAAAGUGUUGAAAAUUUGAAGUUAUAGAUCUCUUUUCUAAUGCACUUUUCUUGUUGAUUUCUCAUUCUUCAAUUGUGGUUAUUAGUUUGUUUACACAUACGCCAUCAAUUGUACCUAUUUGUAUAUAUGUUUGUUUGCUUUUUAAAUUUGUUACAACUAAUCCAUACGUUUGUGAAUUGCAACACUAUAUCAUUGUAUUGUAUUAUGGUUCAUUGUUAAGAUUGUAUGAAUAAAGACUAUAGUCAAGAUCUA